GGGUACCGCCGCCCCGAGCGCGGCCGGGCCGGGCAGCCGGGCCGGCCUCGGGGCCAUGAGGAGCCGCAGCAACUCGGGGGUGCGCCUGGACGGCUACGCCCGCCUGGUCCAGCGGACCAUCCUCUGCCACCAGAACCCAGUGACAGGGCUGCUUUCAGCCGGGGCCGACCAUAAGGAUGCCUGGGUACGGGACAACAUCUACAGCAUCCUGGCCGUGUGGGGGCUGGGAAUGGCGUAUCGGAAGAACGCGGACCGGGACGAGGAUAAAGCCAAGGCCUACGAGCUCGAGCAGAAUGUUGUGAAGCUGAUGCGGGGACUCUUGCAGUGCAUGAUGAGACAGGUAGAUAAGGUAGAGAAAUUCAAAUGCACACAGAGUACCAAAGACUGCCUCCAUGCCAAGUAUAACUCUGCAACUUGUGCCACGGUGGUUGGGGAUGACCAGUGGGGCCAUCUACAAGUGGAUGCAACUUCCCUCUACUUGCUCUUCUUGGCACAGAUGACUGCAUCAGGGCUACGUAUUAUCUUCACCCUUGAUGAAGUUACUUUUAUCCAGAAUCUUGUUUUUUACAUAGAAGCUGCCUACAAAGUUGCUGAUUAUGGAAUUUGGGAGCGUGGUGAUAAAACAAACCAAGGAAUCCCUGAACUGAACGCAAGCUCCGUAGGGAUGGCCAAAGCUGCUUUGGAAGCAAUUGAUGAACUAGAUCUUUUUGGAGCUCAUGGAGGACACAAAUCAGUGAUUCAUGUUCUUCCUGAUGAAGUGGAACACUGUCAGUCUAUUCUGUACUCCAUGUUGCCAAGGGCAUCCACGUCAAAGGAGAUAGAUGCUGGCCUUCUGUCUAUUAUUUCUUACCCAGCUUUUGCAGUGGAGGAUGUAAACCUUGUCAAUGUAACCAAGAGCGAAAUCAUAUCCAAAUUGCAGGGCCGCUAUGGCUGCUGCCGCUUUCUCCGAGAUGGCUACAAGACACCCAGAGAGGAUCCAAGCAGGUUGCACUAUGAUCCUGCUGAGCUCAAGCUCUUUGAGAAUAUUGAAUGUGAGUGGCCAGUAUUCUGGACGUACUUCCUAAUUGAUGGAAUAUUUAAUGGGGACAAAAUCCAGGUACAAGAAUACAGAGAGGCUCUGGAAGGAAUACUUAUUAGAGAGAAGAAUGGAUUAGUGUUAAUGCCUGAACUCUAUGCAGUCCCUCCAGAAAAGGUAGAUGAGGAGUAUGAAAAUCCUCACUCGGUGGAUCGUGUCCCGAUGGGAAAGUUGCCACAUCUUUGGGGCCAAUCAUUGUAUGUCCUGAGCUGCCUGUUAGCAGAGGGAUUUCUUGCCGCCGGUGAAAUUGAUCCCUUAAACAGGAGAUUUUCCACUGGAUUUAAACCUGAUGUUGUUGUACAAGUAACUGUUUUGGCAGAAUCUAAUCAAAUUAAGAAACUCUUGCAAGACCGUGGAAUCAAUGUUCAGAGCAUUGCUGAUAUCCAUCCACUCAGAGUGCAGCCAGCUCGCAUCCUCAGCAACCUCUACACCAUGCUGGGACGGAACAAGAAGAUGAAAUUAAGUGGCCGACCGCACCGACACAUUGGAGUGUUGGGCACCUCCAAGCUCUAUGUGAUAAGAAAUCAAAUAUUUGCUUUUACCCCUCAGUUUACUGACCAGCAUCACUUCUAUCUGGCUCUAGACAAUCAGAUGAUUGUGGAGAUGCUCAAGACAGAGCUGGCUUACCUCACUUCUUGCUGGAGGAUGACAGGGAGACCAACCUUGACAUUUCCCAUCACCCACACAAUGCUUGUUGAUGAUGGUACUGACAUUCAUCCAGCAGUUCUUGCCACAAUAAGAAAAUUAGAAGAUGGUUAUUUUGGAGGUGCAAGGGUGAAGAUAGGCAAGCUAUCAGAAUUUCUUACCACCUCUUUUCAUACAUAUCUGAGCUUCCUGGAUCCAGACUGUGACCUAAAACUGUUUGAUGACCGUAAUGAGAACUGUCAUAGUCCUGACAGUGAAUAUGGAGACUACCCAGCAGAUUUCUGUGAAAAAGAUAGCCAGGAUGAGCUGGAUCAGUAUAUAAAUGAUGUCCUGCAGAGCACAGCACUGAAGUCAUACCUGCCUCCCACUUCAAAGACAGCGAGUCAACCACCUGUGUUCAGUGCAAACCAUUCCACAGAAGAGAUACUGUCAAUAAUGGCCAAGACAAAGGGCUUGGAAGUUCCAGCCAUGUCUAUGUCUCUUCCCACUAAAGUUCUGAACACGCACCGAAAGUCUCUGAAUCUUGUUGAUAAUCCUCAUUUCUUUGAGACAAAGGACUGUGAAAAUGUUUUGCACUUACCUAAAGAUGCUCAUGGUGAUUUGGAUUGCAGGAAGCUCGUUGAUCAGCUGAAGGAAUGUCCAACACUCCAUGAUCAGGCAGACAUCUUGUAUAUCUUGCAUAUACUCAAAGGUGCUGACUGGGACACAGAGCUGGAUGGACAGUAUGGUGUCACUGUUCACUGCCUCCUCAACGAGCUCUACAGAAAGGCAGGCCUCAAUCAGGAAUGGGGCUUAAUCCGUUACAUUUCUGGCAUACUCAAAAAGAGAGUUGAAGUCCUGGCUGAGGCAUGCACAGACCUUCUGUCACACCACAAGCAACUUACGGUGGGCCUGCCACCGGAACCCCGUGAGAAAAUCAUUACCACCCCACUGCCACCUGAGGAGCUCACAGAUCUCAUUUACGAAGCCAGUGGCCAAGACAUCAGUAUUGCAGUCCUGACACAGGAGAUAAUCAUGUACUUGGCCAUGUACGUGCGGUCACAGCCCAGUCUUUUUGUGGAGAUGCUCAGGCUCCGCAUUGGUCUGAUAAUCCAGGUGAUGGCCACUGAGCUGGCACGAAGUCUGAAAUGCUCAGGUGAAGAAGCUUCAGAGAGCUUGAUGAAUCUAAGCCCCUUUGAUAUGAAAAGUCUCCUACAUCACAUUCUCAGUGGGAAAGAGUUUGGAGUGGAAAGAAGUUUGCGACCUGUAGAUUCCUCUUCAUCCAGCCCUGCAAUUUCUAUUCGUGAGAUGGGGCAUUCUGGAGCAACCAAAACAGAAAGAAGUGGUAUUACUAAAUUGAAGAGUGAGAUGAAACAGAGGGGCAGUACUCCAUCAUCUCCCACCAGCACUUCUCCAACGGGCUCCAGUGGAGACAUGAGCUGGGGUGACAGAAAAGGGCAGUGGCUGCGCAGAAGGAGGCUUGAUGGUGCUAUUAACAGAGUUCCUGUUGGCUUUUAUGAGAAAGUGUGGAAAAUCCUUCAGAAGUGCCAUGGUCUGUCCAUUGAUGGGUAUGUCCUUCCUUCUUCAACCACCAGAGAGAUGACCCCGUGCGAAAUCAAGUUUGCAGUGCACGUGGAGUCGGUGCUGAACCACGUCCCCCAGCCCGAGUACAGGCAGCUCCUGGUGGAAGCUAUUCUGGUCCUGACGUUCCUCUCCGACAUCGAGGUGAACAGCAUCGGGGGCAUCAUCCACGUGGACAGAAUCGUGCACAUGGCCAAUGACCUGUUUCUGCAGGAGCUGAAAUCUUUUGGAGCUACUGGUAGUAUCUUGGAGAAAGACGCAGCCACAGGAAUUUGCCACUUUUUUUAUGACAGUGCUCCCAGCGGAGCCUAUGGCACCAUGACUUACCUAACAAAAGCCAUAAUUAUUUAUUUACACGAUUUCCUGCCCAGCACGGGCUGUGCAAUGCAGUAAGGGACGCCUCACACGGGAGGGAAGGCUCGGAGGCUCUUCCUCCCCAGUUCCCUGUCACAAACCCCUUGGCUGGUUGCUGCCUGUGUGUGUGCCAUGCACUUCCUCAACACUUGGCACUGCUGGGGAUGCUCUGUGCACACCUACUGCUGGGGACAGGGAGCUGGAAUUUGGCCUGGUUUUAGGAGAGUGUGCAAGAAAUAGCAAAUAAUGAGGGUUACUCUGCCCAAAGUGCAUAAAUGUAAUUCAUAUUAAAUUAGCAAGAAUUAUACAGUUCUGCCAAGGGGAAAACAGAUUACUCUGUGGUGAUCAAAAGGCAUAAUAAAAUGAGGGAGCUGCAUCUCAGGCGCAGAGUGUCACAAAUAAGGGAAGUGAUGGAAUUCAUUAAUUUUUCUCCUGCUGUGUGUAAAUGUACAUCAUUGUGAAUCACUAAUGCACAGUGUGAAACAUCCAGGGAAAUGUAAAUUAGUGGAGUAAGAAUAACUUGAAAAAAUGUGGUGAUGUUUUUAAUACGCUUUUUUCCUGAAUCUCGUCUCAUUUGCACCUAGUCAGUGCAGGGCUAAUGCCGGUAGGACAAACAUCCUACAAUAUCCACUAAUUUGAGAGGAUAGCCUCUGUCAGGAAGCCGCAUCUGUCUUUAAUCUGAAUAGCUUCCUUCCCUGCAUCCCCAAGACUUUGGAGACAAGAUCUCAAGACUCCAGUUUCUCCAGUGUGACAGACAGUUUUAUGCCUGUAAUCCUUUCCUCUGAAUGGAGCGAGAUAAACCUCUUCCACUUGAGCACCCUUUCUAAGUCUCCUGAUCAUUUCCCUCGCAAACAGCCUCAGAAUUAAGAAUGGCAUAAUUGUGGCUUUUCCAGUGUGGCAUGAGUUUAUGGAAGGCUUUGAUGUUUCUCUUUGUUUUGUUGGGGUUUUUUUCUUUUCUUUUCUUUUUUUUUUUCCCUUUUCCAUUUUUUUCUUCUUUUUAGUUUGAAGUCGCACUGGUCUCAUGUAAUUAGGGGUUGGGCUGCCUGGAAAUCUCCCUGCAGACAGUUCCCAGGUUAAUGCUGUCAAUUGGAAGCUCUGAGGUGCUGCAGGGAGUACGUGCAUCCUGCAUGGAAAUGACUCCAUGGCCAUUUAAACUGAAAACAGAGGUAGGCAGCCUCUGGAGGGGAGAGCCCUGCCUUACCCCAGGCACUGGCUGUGGUUUUCCUUGUGCCUGUACUGCUGGCUUUGCCACCAGCCACAUGUCAGCAUCUGGCCAAUAGCUUAAGAAAGUGGCAGUAGCUUCAGCAUCCCAUGGCCACAGACAGGCUCCCUGAGGAGCACUGCUAUCAUGUGAGCAGAAAGGACCAGAGCAAUUGUGGCUUGCCAGGUAGAGGGGAAAAGAGCAGAUAGGCCUGUAAAAAGAAGUACUUUCUGGGCUAUAUAUAAGCCUGUUUCUGUGAGCCUCCCCUCUACUCUUUCAAAACAUAACUGUGCCAUUUGUAUAGGAUUUUGGGGUGGUGGUUUUUUUGUUUUGUUUUGUUGGGGGGUUUUUUUGGUUCUUGUUUUUUUGGGGGGGUGUGUGUGUUGGGUUUGUUUGUUUUGUUUUUGUUGUUGUUUUGUUGUUUUUGUUUGUUGGUGGUUUUUGUUUGUUUUGGGGUUUUUUUUGGUAACAAUAGUGUGUGGUGCUUUUGAGAGUGAGGUUUUCAUUUCCAGUAGAAGUAAUGUCCUGUCUCUUGCCUGAUGGUCUCAGAAGGUCCAAGCUCCAAAGGCUGUGACCCCCUGCCUGCUGUCCCUCUACACAGUCACUGCUGCUGUAGCAGCAUCUGGGAACUGGCUUCAGAGAGUGUAGGUGUGGGAGGCCUUAGUGUGAGAUGAUUUAAUGUUUUUUUCAGAGACCAGAGGAGUUUAGUAGCCCAGAGGACCAGAAGCUCUGUGUUAACCACCAUGGGAACCGUGGGCCUGUGCAGGGGCCAGUAUAAAGUGAGAGUUCAGGUACAAUUAGCACUUGGGUGUGGAAGUUACUUUAUUGGCGUGGUGCCUGUUUUGUAAGGAUUUACCUUUGUUAUUGUUUGGUUUGGGUUUUGUAACUUUUCAUAUGUAUUGUGAGAGCUCACUUGGCUUGUUUCCCGGUAAAAGGAAGUAAAAUCCUUUGUCUAGUUUAAGCAGAUGUGACAGUGCAGAGCACAAGAGCCAGGUCAUGGUUUUUUAUUCUAUCCGGUAUCAUACAAAAAGUAAUAACAGUUAUUUAUGCUUUUCUUGUUGAAUUCUAGAUUGAGAGAGAUGCAAGAUGAUUUUUUGCUCAGACCUCUAUUUUUUUUUUUUUUUUUUAACCUACCAUGUAGAUUUGUUUUCAGAAACAAGAAGGCUGAUGUUGGUUUUCCAUGCAGCUACAAUGAAGUCUAUAGCAGUGAAAUGUAUGGCCUAACAUACCUGGACACCCCUUAACACUUCUUUAUUUUUAAAUGGGAGUGUCACUGGAGCCUUUAAUAUCAAAUUCACGGUAUGACCUAGGGUAUGGUAUACUCAGGAUGAUCACAAUGAAUUGCCACAUGGAAUGCAGGCAAAUGGAAAGUAUUUAUGUGGUCAUUUGAAGGGUUUAGGUAUCUGGUGGUGAAGUGUGGUACUCAAACACAAGGCCAGUGGAAGGCAAAUGUCAUUUGCAGGGUCAGGCACAGCUGCACCUUGCUGCUGUGUUACUGCUCAGAGAAGAACCAUUGCAACUGGAGAGUUGCCUGUGUUGUUGCAGUGCAAGCCCAGUUAUGCAAAUAAGGUUUUACACAGACCCCUGUUCUUUGCUAAGGAUCCCCUGUGUGUGUGAGGCUGCUGCAGAGCAGAGCUGGUGCUGGCAGUGGCCAGGGUGUGCUCCCAGAUAAAAUACAGGACGAGUUUGCAGUUUGUGCAGGGCUGAGCUGAUUGGCAGAGGCUCUCCUUGGCUGUGCAGCCUCCCUGGGGAGCCAGCAGAGGAUGACACUGCCAGCUCCCAGUCCCUAGAAAAUCAUUUAUGGAAAGAAGGCAAAGGUGCACAGACCCGUCCUGUGCCUCAGAAACAAGGGCAUUGGUGAACUAAAAUACUCACCUGAGAGCUGCUCAUACCAGCCUGAUGGGCCCUGCUGCGCCAGCAGUUUGCAGCUGUGGGGUCAGGAGCACCUACACAGUGCUGGAGGCCACCGGGUGUGCCUGGAGACAGGCAAGGGGCUGGGGGGAGGAACUGCCAGAGUAAGGACCUGUGUCCAGCUCAGAGCCCACACCACAUGUGGCAGAGAAAGGACCUGUGUCCAGCUCAGAGCCCACACCACAUGUGGCAGAGAAAGGACCUGUGUCCAGCUCAGAGCUCACACCACAUGUGGCAGAGAAAGGACCUGUGUCCAGCUCAGAGCUCACACCACAUGUGGCAGAGAAAGGACCUGUGUCCAGCUCAGAGCUCACACCACAUGUGGCAGAGAAAGGACCUGUGUCCAGCUCAGAGCUCACACCACAUGUGGCAGAGUAAGGAUCUGUGUCCAGCUCAGAGCCCACACCACAUGUGGCAGAGAAAGGACCUGUGUCCAGCUCAGAGCCCACACCACAUGUGGCAGAGUAAGGACCUGUGUCCAGCUCAGAGCCCACACCACAUGUGGCAGAGUAAGGACCUGUAUCCAGCUCAGAGCCCACACCACAUGUGGCAGAGUAAGGACCUGUGUCCAGCUCAGAGCUCACACCACAUGUGGCAGAGUAAGGAUCUGUGUCCAGCUCAGAGCCCACACCACAUGUGGCAGAGUAAGGACCUGUGUCCAGCUCAGAGCCCACACCACAUGUGGCAGAGAAAGGACCUGUGUCCAGCUCAGAGCUCACACCACAUGCUGGCCCCAGCCCUGCUCCCCCAGGCCAUGUCCCUCCUGCUCAAGCUGUUGCCUUCUCCCUGCCGCCGACAGGGACGUGGAUUUGUCAAACCAAACAGAUCAAAACACCAUUGAUCUCCAGCUGCUGGUCCCACAGGUAACUGUGAAAACUGAAUGGGUGGAGUACAAAGUUUGUCUGGCUUCUCUCCUGCUAAUUGUAGUUUCCUUUCUUGGAGAAAGAGUCCUGUUUGUUCCUGGAAAGUGCAGGUGAGCCACACAGUCCUUAGCUGCCUUGCAAAGGGGCAGCCACUGUCUGUGGGGUAGUGGAACAGCUGGCCUGCCCCAUGUAGGAAUGUCACCCCUCUGGCAGUGGCCAGGGCCUUGGGUGGAGUGGGAGCUUGAGUCGGUCCAAGUCCAGCCUCGGGUGCUUUCUGGAGUGGUCGGCAGUAGGAGCAGAGUUGCCCAGGAAGCAGGAGAGAGAUGCUGUAGCUGUAGGGUGAGAGCUUGGCACUCGUCUGCUGGCUGAUUCAGGCGCUGUGUAAAGGACCACUCACAUCUGGAGUAUUGAGUAGCUGCUGCAUAGAAUCAUUAGAUUAGAAUCAUAGAAAAAGGGGAUUGAGGAUGGGGGUUAUAGAAGAGCUUCAGCUCAAGCAGUUUGGAUUUAAGUACAAGCAGCAGGACUUUUUCCCACUCCCAGUUUCAGUCUCAAGUGGCAUUUAUUCCCAGUGUUGGAUGUUUCACAGUUACUCUCCCCUUCUGUCAGGGGUCAGGGGGCUCUGUGCCACCAGCAGCUGACAGGACAGCGCUUGCUUUUUUGGCUCAAUGAAUCAGCUCCUCUCACACCUCAGUCCUGCAUCCCCAAAGGGCUCUCACUGCCUGCCAAGCGAAGCUGUGCUGUGACUGUACCUUGGCAUCUCCUCUCAGGAAGUGAUCCCUUGAGGCCAGUCCCCUUCCUGCCAGGUUCAGGAAUGUGUCCUUAGUGGGGGACAUCCACACUGGAGGCUGCUAGCCAUCCUUCAGAGCUCCCAUGCCUCGUUGUACAGACUGGCUUUGUCCUCUCUCCUGCGGUAGGUGGCAAAGGGGGACUCCAGAGUGGCAGGGUCCAGUUCCACCUUGUCGCUUCACACCCAGCAUGUGAAAGCCAACAGUGGGAUGCAAGAUUGCACCACACAGUGGUGUUUGUAAGUGGAGCCUUUUUGUCACUCCACUGGAAUAAGGUGGGACUGAUCAUCACAGUGCAUAGAUCAGAAUAACUGCAUGCUAAAAAUACACAUUAUGUAUUACCAAUGCCAUUAACGUUUUACUGUAAAUUU